CAUCAGUAUUUUGACAUCCAAGUAAAUUUACCAAGAGAGAGAAAUGAAGUUUGGGAAGGAGUUUGCAUCCCAAAAGGUGCCGGAAUGGCAACAGGCCUACAUGGAUUACGAUUUCCUCAAAACCCUUCUGAAGGAAAUCCAAGGUUUCAAUCAAAGAAACCGAUCAUCACCACAGCCAACAGCUGCAGCUCUCCACAGAAAGCUUACCCUAUACAGAGCUUUCAGUGGCCUAACGCAAAGAAACCGCCCCAAGAGCCCGUCUCAGGGUGCCAAUGAUGUUGAAUCACAACAAGCCAUUUUGGUCAAUCCUGUUAAUCGCCAUGGCACUAAACGAUACGAGACUACAUUCCUCAUGGCUGCUGAAGAAGGAGGGGAAUACGAGCUUGUCUACUUUAGACGCCUCGAUGAGGAAUUCAAUAAGGUGGACAAGUUUUAUAAGUCUAAAGUGGAGGAGGUGGUGAAGGAGGCAACCAUGUUGAAUAAGCAAAUGGAUGCUUUGAUUGCUUUCAGGAUUAAAGUUGAGAAUCCGACGGGGUGGCACUGGGAUGACAGGUCUGCCGAAAUGACUCGUCUGGCAUCUGACGUUUCGACUUCCGCCGCUGUAUUGGCUGCUUCUACUCCUUCUGCAGCCAAGGCAGCAAGCCGAAGACAUAACUUGGAAACAAUCGAAGAAGGGGCAAGCAUGCAUGAUCAGGAGGAAUCAUCAGAUGAUUCAAGGGUUGAUGACCGAAAGGACGUUCAUAAAGCAGAUGAGGAGGUGAAGAGGAAGAAUAUUAGGGGAAGCAGACCGGCUCCAUUAGAGAUACUAAACCAUGUCCAGAUGAACAAAGCAAAAGAUACGCCUCGUUCGACCAUCAAAGGAUUCCUUCAAGUUCCUACACAGACAGAGCUCAAGUUCGAUAGGGGCAAUCUUACAAAAGUUGAACGCCAGCUUAAGCAAGCUUUUGUUGAGUUUUAUCAGAAGCUCCGCCUUCUUAAGAGUUUCGGCUUCUUGAAUACAUCGGCGUUUUCAAAAAUCAUGAAGAAGUAUGAUAAGAUCACUUCAAGAAAUGCAUCAAAGUCUUACAUGAACAUGGUGGAUGAAUCCUUCCUCGGGAGCUCUGAUGAGGUUACGAAGCUGAUGGAGAGGGUUGAAGCUACAUUUAUCAAGCAUUUUGUGAACUCAAAUCGAAGUAAGGGGAUGAAUAUCUUAAGACCACAGUCACGGAGAGAAAGACACAGAACCACUUUCUCUAUGGGUUUUUUUGCUGGAUGCACAGCAUCUCUCAUAAUGGCCCUUAUAUUAAUCGUACGAGCCCGUAAUAUUGUGAAUUCGCCAGGGCAAAGCCAAUACAUGGAGACCUUGUUUCCACUUUACAGCUUAUUUGGGUUCAUUGUUCUGCACAUGCUUAUGUAUGCUGCCAACAUAUAUUACUGGAAGCGUUACCGGGUCAACUACUCCUUCAUAUUUGGUUUCAAACAAGGAACUGAGUUGGGUUACAAUCAGGUUCUCCUCCUUAGUUUUGGCAUUGGAACACUUGCUCUGUGCAGUGUGCUAGCAAAUCUUGACAUGGAGAUGAACGUAAACACGAAGGAUUAUAAGGCUUUAACUGAACUUAUUCCUCUGAACCUUGUUUUGCUCUUGAUUGUAAUAUUAUUGCUUCCAUUCAAUGUCCUCUACCGCUCAAGUCGCGUCUUCUUUCUUACUUGCCUGGUUCACUGUAUUCUUGCUCCUUUGUACAAGGUUGUACUUGCAGAUUUCUUCUUGGCAGACCAGCUAACAAGCCAGGUGCAAGCCUUUAGAAGCCUGGAGUUCUAUGUUUGCUACUAUGGUUGGGGAGACUACAAACAUAGACAAAACGACUGCAAGUCGUUUCCUGUAUAUACCACUUUCAAUUUCAUUGUUGCUGUUAUUCCGUACUUGUCUCGCCUCCUUCAGUGCCUUCGCCGACUGUUUGAAGAGAAAGACAUAAUGCAAGGAGCAAACGGACUCAAAUAUUUGCUAACUAUCAUAGCCGUUUGCAUGAGGACUGCCUACAGUCUCGACAAAGGGAUCGGUUGGCAAGUCAUGGCCUGGAUUUUCUCAGUUACUGCAGCAAUAGUUAGUACUUAUUGGGACCUUGUUUACGAUUGGGGGCUACUCCAGCGGCACUCCAAGAACAGGUGGCUGAGAGACAAACUACUUGUCCCUCACAAAUCUGUAUAUUUUGGUGCUAUGGUGUUGAAUAUCUUGUUGAGAUUUGCUUGGGUGCAGACUGUGUUGAACGUCGUGGUAUUUAACUUACACAGACAAACCAUGGUUACACUAUUUGCCUGUCUUGAGAUACUUCGCCGUGGCAUAUGGAAUUUCUUCAGGUUGGAAAAUGAGCAUCUGAACAACGUAGGGAAAUAUCGAGCAUUCAAGUCCGUACCAUUGCCUUUCAACUACAGUGAAGAUGAUGACAAAGAUGAGUAAUUAUGUCGCAGAUGUUUUGCAAAAUAAUAACAGAUUAUAUUGGAAAAAUGUUGAAGGCAAAUGUAGAUGUCGGAACAUAGUUAUAGUGUAAUGGAAUCAGAUCCUUGCAAUUUUAUUUGCCAGCACCAAUCAGAAAAUCAGAUCUAAAGUCUUCCCUCCAUGUUGAGCAUAAAAUGUGUAUUUUGUCGUUAUGAUUCACAGAUUAUUAGUCAGAUUCUGGAAUAUGAUUGAGUUUACCUUUUAUA